AUUUUUACAUUAUUAAUUUAUCAUAACGGUCAAAAUCCAGAAUCUAGCAGCUCUCUGACGUCGUUUCUUCAUUUGUAAAUAGUUGUUAGUUUUAUUAAUAACAAAAAUAUAACUUCAUUUACGCAGAAAUAUUUGCCAAUCUUUGCGUCAUGACUUUAAGACAUUGUGCCAUAUUUCUUUGACUUUAAAGCAACAUUUUCAAGCCACAAAGCAAAUCAUUUAUUUUUUUAAAUUUGUCAAAUAUAUUUUUUUAUUCUUUCGUGUCACUUUUGUGUUAAUUUUGUAGAGUUUGAGGAUGAUAUUUAAUCAUUUUAAUUUAACUUUUAAUCCAGUUUCAGUUCCCCUGGUCUGAGUAUAUUUUGCAUUUUCUUGACAUAUUCCUCGACAUUUUCUGUGGCUCCUUUUGUUUAUUUACAAAUAUUUAUAUUGAUUUUUAAUUUCACAGAUAUUUCCAGACCUGUGCUGGACUCCAGAGAGACAGAGGGGGAGAUACAGGAGGGGAGAGACGGGGGACUUGAGGGACACAGGAAGAGAGGCAGACUCCUGGGUUUGGUCUUGGGUUGGAUCAUGGCUCCAAGGAGGUUUGAAACCAAACCGAUGAUUUACUGUUUGAAGACUCUGCUGCUGCUCUACUCCUUCAUCUUCUGGGUGAGAACAUAAAUAUAUACCACCAGAACGUCCUUAAAAACUCUUGAAAUGAUGAAACUCGAAGCAGAUCAGUGCGUACAUUAAACGUCAUUUGAGGUUUGAUUAAAAGUUCAUCAUGAUGUGUGUUAAUUUGGCCGUGUUGUAUAACGUGCGGUACGUGCGGAGGUCGAAGGUCAGCUGAGGUUCAGUAAUUCUCUGCGGUCUGAGGAAUGAGGAGGCUGUGACACGCAGACGAUAAUGAAGAUCAGGAACAUAAACGCCGUCUGACUCAGACAUGAAGGAAUACAACAUCAAAUAAACAAACUUCUCAUCGUUCUCAUGAGUUUGGAAAGUGAACACAAAUGUUUUUAUUUUCUUUAUGCACACACCUUUCUUUGUGUGUGUGUGUGUGUGUGUGUGUGUGUGUGUGAGUGUGCGCGCGCUAGUGUGUGUGUGUGUUUUAAUGUUGUAAGGACGUCGCUCUGACUCUUCUUCUCGUCUGUUUGUCAGUUUUACACUUUGAUGUCAGAGCUCAUUACAGUCAUGAGGUGCUCAGUCUCUAACACACACACACACACACACACACACACACACACACACGCUGUUCUGCUCGAUGAUAAACUUCGUACUUAUUUUGUAAAGAGCUGUUACAUAAAUGUAGAGCAGUAUGAAGUGUUUAAUUUUCCUCCAUGUUUUGAGCAGAAUAAGAACGUCUGAACAGAUGUUUUUAUUCUGAACCCUCUGGAGCUCUCAGGACAUUUUUAAUGACUUUUUACUUUUCAUUUGUUGAUAAUUUUAGCUGUGUUAAUGCAAAUGGGAUGGUUUUUUUCACUUUUUUUUUCUUUCUAAAUUUAAAACUUGACCACCAAUUAUUAUAUCAGACAAUUUACAUUUAGAUCCUAAAGUACGAUAAAAAUAUCAUACAUUAAUAUUUUUUCCACUUUUUUUUCUUAAAUCUUUUAAUCAAAUUCAGUCCUGAUCAGAUCUACCAAAUAUUAAUUAAUUUCAGAAUUUUAACCCUUUAAAUGCGAGUUUGACUAUAUAAUAUCACUGUUAUUUUUUUUUAUCAAGGUCUAUCACAUCGUAGGACACAUCAUAGACCUUGAUAAAAAAAUAAAAAAAUAAAAAAAAGACAUUCCUGCCCAGCAACUAAUAUAUAGAAAAUAUCUCCAAAUUCCCUUUUUUUCCAUUAAAAAUAAAAGUAAGGAGAUGGACAUUUUUGUCAUUUUGACAUUUUGACAUUUCGGCCAUCUAAGAACAUAAACCGAACUUUUUUAGAAAUUGUACAAUAAAUCAAUCAUAAUGAUGCAGCAAAAUUAAUGUUGUUAAUUACUGACACAUCACAGACCUUGAUAAAAAAAAAGAAAUUCCUGCCCAUCAACUCAAACAUUGAAAAUAACUCCAAAUUCAAUAUUUUCCCAUUAAAAAAAUAACAGUAACAUCAUAUGGUCAAACUGUCAUUUAAAGGGUUAAAAUUCUGAAAAUAAAUCAAUAUUUGGUAGAUAUGAUCAGGAAUGAAAAUGAUUAAAAGAUUUAAGCAAAAAAAAAAAGUGGAAGAAAUAUUCAUGUAUAAUAUUUUUUUAGCACUUUCAGGAGAUGGACAUUUUUGUCCUCUAAGGACCUAAACGUAACUUUUUUUAUGAACCCUGAGCGGUAAAUGUAGCAGAAAAGUAUAAACGUUUUAUAUAUUAGGAAUGCUUCCUGAUUGGCCGACUAUCUGACUUGUAGCCCCGCCCUCUCAGGUGUCAGGUGUGGUGCUGCUGUCAGUGGGGUUAUGGUGGAAGUUUAUGUUGGGUCCCUACAUGCUCCUGAUCUCCAGCAGCCCCUCAAACGCUCCAUACGUCCUCACCGGCACUGGCGCCGCCAUCAUCCUCUUUGGGCUGUACGGCUGCUUCGCUACCUGCAGGGGGCGCCCCUGGAUGCUCAAACUGGUCUGUAUUAUCUUGUGUUUAUGGUGGCCGAGAACUGCCACUGCUGCAUAUACAAAAAAAAAAAGAAGUGGUGAUUGCGGCGGGCUUCGGUUUCUUUUUUUGCAUCGGUAACUUCCGUUGUGAUUUCUUUUUUUUGCAUCUUUUUAUUUGCAGCAGUGGCGUUUCUCGACCACCGUAUGUUUUUCUACUCUCAGUAUUGAUACUAUUUGUCACAGGUUUCCUCAUGACCUCUGACCUCUCCUCAGUACGCCGUGUUUCUGUCCCUGGUCUUCCUGACUGAACUGAUCGCUGGGAUCUCUGGAUUCGUCUUUCGCCACGAGGUUUUUACACUUCUUUAAAAAAGACACACACCUCGAACACAAACACAGCUCUUGACUUUAACAGCGUUCUUUGUUUUUGUGUUUGAGCUCAGAUUAAAGAGACGUUCCUCACGACGUUCAGCGACGCGGUGAUGAGGUACGAUGGACGAGACGACAGGAGUCUCGCUGUGGACGGAGUUCAGCGCAGAGUCAGUUUCUUUUUGAGUCUCCUUUUUUUACGUCUGUCUCCUCUCUGUCCCUCACUACCUUUAUUCCUUUCCUACCCUCGAAUCCCUCCUUUCCUUCCUCUUGUUUCCUAGUAUCACCUUCUUCCCCUUGUAUCCUUGUAUCCCUCCUUUCCUCCCCCUUGUUUCCUUGUAUCCCUCCUUCCUCCAGUUUCCUUGUAUCACUCCUUCCCCUUGUUUCCUUGCAUCCCUCAUUUCCUUCCUCUUGUUUCCUUGCAUCCCUCCUUUCCUUUCUCUUGUUUCCUCAUAUCCCUCCUUCCUAUUGUUUCCUUGUAUGCCUGCUUUCCUUGUAUCCCUCCUUUUUUCCCUCUUGUUUCCUUGUAUCCCUCCUUUCCUCCCUCUUGUUUCCUUGUACCCCUUGUUUCCUUGUAACCCUUGUUUCCUUGUAACCCCUCUUUAUCUUGUUUCCCUGUAUCCCUCCUUCCUCUUGUUUUCUUGUAUCCCUCCUUCCUCUUGUUUCCUUAUAUCCCUCCUUUCCUUCCUCUUGUUUCCUUGUUUCCUUGUUCCCCUUGUUUCCUUGUAUCCCUCUUCCCCCUUGUUUCCUUGUAUCCCUCCUUACCUGAGGUUUAGUUAAUAAACCCCACACACACACAUCUGUGUUUGUUUUUCAGUUGCACUGCUGUGGGGUCUAUAACUACACCAGCUGGUUCAGCAGUGUGUAUUUUCCGGUCAGUGGGGUUCCCUCCAGCUGCUGCGUGAGCUUCUCCGACUGCAGCUUAACUGACCUGAAGGAUUCGACUCUGGCCGCACACAAAGUCUACAAACAGGUGGGAAAACACACACACACACAAACACACACACACACACACACACACAAACACGCUUCAUCAUGUGACUGCAAAAGCACAAAUGGAGACAGUUUGAUGCUUUUAUGACCGAGGUUUGAAAAUUCAUCUUGACUUUGUGUAAUAGCCGAUUUAAAUAAAUAAAAAAAACACAAAAAUGAAGAAUUUAAACCUUUAUGAUGAAAAAAGUGAAUUUUUUAACAACUAGAUUUAAAAUCAAAUGGAUGACCACGCUGUGUCUGCAGGGCUGUUAUGAGCUGGUUACAUCUUUCAUCGAGGGCAACAUGGGAAUCAUCGCUGGAGUCACCUUUGGCAUCGCCUUCUCUCAGGUACAAGCUGAGUACUACUGAGUACACAAUACUGCAGUAGUACUAGAGCUGUAGUGCAGGACCAGGAGGUUUUUACCCUGACUGGAACCAGGAGGGAACUCUAAUGAUAUAUUUUAAAUAAAAACUGUCUGUCUCAGCUGAUCGGGAUGUCUCUGGCCUGCUGUUUGUCUCGCUUCAUCAACGCCAACCAGUACGAGAUGGUGUGACAGGUAACACACACACACACAUUGUAUUCUUCACUUAAAUCAAUCUUCUCAGUGAGUCUCAGGUCUCAUUUUGUGUCCUCUGUUUGUUUCUUUGACAGAAACUCAUCAGACGUAAACCUAAGAACACACUUUCAUGUGCAGAGCCUUCGACAUUCCUCUUUUUUUCUUUGUUUUGUCACUUUGUUGAAGCGAAUCGGUCCAUUCUCUGUCUCUCAGGUCAAAUUUAACGAUAUAAUGUACAUGAUAAAUAACAAAUAUAAUCAGAAUAAUGUCAUUGUACCACUUAUUUGUUGAUGUUUCUGUCUUGCAUGUUGGAAUUAAAAGUUGACCUGAUCCUGUGCA